AUAACAUUACGUUGUGGAACUUUGAUUUUUCAUUUUGAAAUUUGUAGUCAAUGAGUACAGUUACGACAAUGUCUGAAAAAAACGAAAUGGUGUUUUGCCUCGUUAUGUUGCUACAAUUGGUGUUGGUACAAAGCGUGACAACUGACGUACCGGAAGACCUUUCAACAUUUAUUAACUACCAACCUGAAACACUACCAAAGUGUCCGCAAGGUUUCACCGAAACCAGUACCCUCUGUUACACCGUAAGCCAAGAAUCCUCUUUUCCACCGCAGUGUCCAUUUGAAAACGUCGUACCUUUCGAUUCUUACGAACACAUUUUGGAAAAAAUCGAAUUUCCGGUAUGGUUGCCAGUUCAACGAGAUCUCAGCAACGGUCUCGGAUUUCUUCUGUGGAUGGAACUCAGUAGCCGCUACAAGACUGUCUUCGACGACCCUUUCUUCUACACAGGUGGAAUUAAGGGUAAAGAUUGUCUUCUGUAUCACAAUCGUUCGCACGUCGAGGCGAUUUCUUGCGAAAACGAACAUAAAGCGAUUUGUGCUUAUGAGAAACAGCCAAAAAACCACAAUCUUUGUGGUUACUGCCUUCCAGCGACUUAUUGUAAGUACGAACACAGAGAGAUUUGUUCUUCCGACAUACUGCCAAAAAACCACACUCUUUGUGGUAAUUGCGUUCAAAGUACUUUAAAUUAUAAAUCAGGCUGUGUGUGCGUAGAGAGACAAAAUUCCACAUAUACUAACGCUGAGUUCCUGGAACCGUUUCAAAAUAAUGUUUAUGAUUUGUUAGAAAAUGAAACAUGUGCCAUCGGUCUUGAAAAAACUGAAAAUGGUACUUAUGUUUGGGCUAACUCUCAAGUUCAACUAAACUAUAGUUUUUGGGCUGCGAAUGACAAUAACACUGGUGAUUACGUUGGUUUAUCGCCAGCGGGUUGGAUUUUAACAGAAGAACCCUUGGAAUGUUCUUUAGUUCAAAAACAGGUAAAGAAGACUUACCCUAGUUUAGAACUAGAUGUUGAUUCUGUUAAUUAUGAACUAAAAUUGCAUAUUUCGAAAUUUUCUGAUCUGCGUCAUCUCGACUCUGAUACACUAGUUUAUUGCUUCACGGACGCGAGUUCUUUCUCUUUAUUGUACCGCUAUUCAAAAUUAAACUUGACGCAUAAAUCUCCCUAUACUAUGAAUUACCAGUUGUCACCGUUUCCUAACGCUUCUGGUAGAUACUGGUGCGAAGGUGUCCGAUCUUUCGAUCUAAAAGUAGUCACAAGCAAUGUUGUACUUCUUCAGAAUGACAAGUUUGUUGUUAUUUUUCGUCUCACUUACCACGACAUUAACCCGUUAGGUCCAGAGGUUGUAGAAUUAAUUAAAGAUUCGUUAAACUUCAGUUACUGUCCUUACAAAAUUUCAAAGAUUGUGGACAUCAAUGAAGAAAAGCAAGAAAUUUCUGUGAGAGUCCACUUUAGAUGUGCACUCCUCACUUAUAUAGACGGAAAUGUAACGGAAACGAACGCAGAGGUGAGAACUUUGAUAUAUAGCUUGUAUACAAACUCCAGUAAAGCGAACCUUGAAAUAAUGAGUCUGUGGGCCGUGGAUUAUCAACUUCCAUUUUCUGAUCACUUUGCUUGGCUUGAAUCUUCUGCUGAUGAGAAAACGCAUUUCAGUGAAUUAUUCAGUUCGUCAGAAAUUGAUACCAAUUGUUCUUUGAUGCCAAAACUAUCAUCAUCGACGGAAGAUUUUGUUUCCAUCAUAGACGAACGUGACAAAGAGGCUUUACUAGACUUACUUCUUAUUGCAGAAAACUAUGCAAAUUUUAAUGCAAUGGACGUUUACUUGAUCUCUCAACUUAUGCGUGCAGAAUGGACACACUUUGAUGAAUUUGAUAACGUUGUCAACAAUAUUUUGAAAGUCAAUAAACACGUCUUAAUGGAUGCAAUAGCCUUUUCUUCUACAGAUAUAUGGUUCAAUGCAACCGAUUAUUCAAACGAAAGCUCUUAUGACCAAACACUGCUUCAAUUCAAGUUUGAUGAAGACGCUAUAGAAAACAAUGGAUGCGAAUUGGUCCUAGCUGAAAACCACGAAACGUUUAUUACAAAGAAAAAAUUAACAAUUUUUCCUAAUACACAACCUAGAAAUGCUGCUCUUAUUAAUCGCUCGGAAUCACCGAAAUCAGCAAAUAUGAUAAUUUUUUUCAACGACAUUUUUUUUAAUGACAUGCUACUUUCUCCAUCAAGAGAUGUCAUAAAAUCUGUGGGAGAGUUUGCAAUUCAAAACGUGUUUUUGACAGAUUUAAAUGUUUUUAACAUUGAAAUUUUUAAAGGUAAAUGCAUGCACUGGACUAAUAAUUGGCAAAAUAAUGUAUCUUCCUGGGAAUUUGGUUUUGCUUGUCAUUUUCCGAAAAGUAAUUAUUUUGCUUCAAUGUAUCAAACUACUUUCGAUAGAACAACGCACACCUUGAAGCAAAUAGCAGAGUGUGACAGUACUUGUGAUGACGAGGAAAUCAUGUCAAUACUUUAUCAAAUAUCAAACAGAUAUACUGAGUUUACUUCGGAAGAUGUGACCCUUUUUGGAAACGCUUUAAAAAAGGUUAGUUUAAAUGAACUGCUUUUACACAGGAUUGAUACCAUCAUCCACAAUUUUAAAAAAAUUGAUAGUGAGGUAUUAUCAAAGAGUCAAGUCACAGAAGCUGGUGCCGAAGACAAUGUUUAUUACAACUACAACGUACUGCUAAUGCGGUAUUACAACAUGAUGUACCACAAGCUUGCUGAUAAUGACGUUACUUACUUUUUUUGUGCCAUAAAACAAGGGUGUGCUGGUAUUGCAUUCAACGGUGAAGAACUAACAAUUAUUGAAGAUGGCGCGGUUCUCCGUGAAGAAUGCAAAAAUUGUCUUGCUGUGGUUAAAGUGCAAACUGCUUUGACUGUAGAUGAGCAACUAAUUCUUAUGGUGAAAAAAACUUCCGAUGACUAUCACACACUUACUGUUAAAGUGCCUGAAAUUUUUGCAAAUUCUUCUAUUACUAUUUUAGUUUAUUAUCAAGUGAAUUCAAUGAUUCCAGGGGCAGCUGAAUGCUUCUAUCAUUCUUAUGAUGGAGUUCAAAAUAAUAACCACUUCUGGGGAAAGGCUGCGAAAACAAAGUUUUAUUCUCAUAUACGAUGCGAAGUGAGCGGCAGCAGCCAUUUUGUUAUAACUCUAGUGGAUUCAGUGAAGACUACGUUAACAAAUCUACUAAAAUCAAAGAGCUAUCCUUUUGAAAAAUUAUCAAUUCUGCAUGCUAUAUCAAAUGCAUAUGAUGAAUUCAAUUCGACUGAGCUACCUCUGGUUGCUCAAAUUUUGAGUCAUGUAAGUUACAGUAAGAAAUAUGUUAAUUUAGAAGAUUUGACCAAAGUUAUUAGCAACUUACAAAAAAUUGAUAAGAAUGUGAUAGUAGGAAGCAGCACAGAUUCAAUUUUGAACUAUACAGACAUCAUCAUCCAAAACAAUAUACACAGUUAUGAUAAUUUUUUGAAUAUCGCAGAUGACUUUAUUAUUGUUGUCAAACAUGUUAAGAAUGCUGGUUUUAGUGGACUAGUACUCUUAAAUGACAAAAUACAGAUCUUAAAUGGUUCUGUAACGACAGAAGAUUUAUUAAAAUUUGAACAUUUUUAUAGUGCUUUGGUACUUAGCCCAGAACUAAAACAACAGAUCGAAGAAGAAACAAAUGAUACAAAAAUUGCAAUCAAAGUGUUCCUCAAAAACAGUUUGUUUAAUGCUGAAGACAACAACCAAAUCAAUAGUAUAAUCUUCGACGUUCUCCUUUCUGACAAUAUAACGACUUUUAAAGGACCCAUUUCAGUUUAUCACAGACCAGAUAAACAGAAAUCUAGAAAAGUGUGCGCUUACUGGUCGUAUGACGCGUCCAGAAAUGUCUCCGGAUUUUGGAAGGAAGACCACGGUGCUAAAAAAGGUUCUCCUUUGAUUCAAUGCGACUAUUUUCAGAGCAGAAAUUUUGCUUGCUUUUCUGACCAAAACGUGACGAACAAUUUGGAUGAAAUACUUAAGUCUGAUGACCCCCCAAAUGAAAUUUUGGAAACGCUGACGAACCUUUCGUCUAACUAUCACCAAUUCAAUUCUAAAGAUGUUGUUCUUGUCGGUCAGGUUUUCAAAAAGAUUAGUGACAGCGACAACGUCAGUUUAGAAAGUUUGAGUGAAGUUGUCAGCAAUCUACAAAAAAUUGAUAGGGCAGUACUGGAAAAAAGUCAAGACAACGAUAACGGUACGGAUAUUAUUUUACACUAUAUUCAGGUCAUUAUGAAGAACCAGGAAUAUGUACCUGGCAUGCAACCCAUAAAAACAGACAACUUUGUUGCCUACAUUACCGAUUUAAAUGAUACCAAUUUCUGCUCUCUCGUAUUAUUCGAAAAUGGCUCAGUGGGAAUUUUGAACAAUUCGGUCAAGCCGGAAGAUCUUCACAAAAAUGUUAGUAGUGCUAUAAUUUUAACCCCUGAACUGAAAAAUCAAAUAACAACAGACACCCAAGACACAAAAGUAAUAGUCAAUGUGUUCUUCAAAGAUGUUCUGUUUAACGAAAAAGGGUCCACACAGACCAAACAAGUUAGCAAAAUUUUCGACCUGCUCCUUCCAGACUUUUCGGGUAAUCUAUCGGGACCCAUCCAAGUGUUUCACAAACUGGAGGGAACAAACCAAAAUUGCUCCCACUGGGACUACAACGUCCCCGCUAACAUCUCUGGUUUUUGGCAAUUCGACAACAAAGCCUUGGAAUUUGGCUCGUUUGUUGUGUGUAAGUUUUGGCACGCAACCCAUUUCGCCCAACUCUUUUUCCCUGAAGGUACGUACUCUAAAAUUUUGGACUGGUUCACAUACGUUACUAUUUUGUCUGCAAGCUGCUACACCCUCAUCAUGGUAUUUGCAGUUGUAAAUAAAUUUUGGAGGAAACGAGUCGAGAAUAAAAUUUUGUUCAAUUUUGUACUGUGUGGGUUAUGCUUGACGGUUGCGUUCUACAUGUCGAGUGGCUUUUCUGACCGCAGUCUGUGUCUUGUGCUUGGAUUUAUCUUGCAUUAUUUUGUUUUGGCACAGUUUUCUUGGAUGCUGGUCAUCGCCUUUUUCCAGUAUCAGCGCUUUGUGCUUAUUCUUCCUAGACAGUAUACUCAUAUCGUGCUAAAAACUUGCUUGGUAGGGUGGGUGUGUCCAAUCGUCAUCCCGGUAACUACUGUUUUAGUUAGUGGUACUGGUUGCUAUACGGAAAUUGGUGGUCUUUGCUACCUCUCUGGUCUUGAAUUAUACUUGGCAAUUUGGCUUCCCGGUGCUGUUGUUAUUGUAUCCAACAUUAUCAUUUUCUCUUUCAUUGUGUACAAAAUUUGUUUUGAUAAACUUCCUUUCGUUCGUUUCGGUGGUACCGAAGCUACGUACCACACGCGUCUUUUUAUAUUUUUGUUUUUUGAUUUAGGGUUAAUUUGGGUUUUUGGAUUUUUCACGAAAUUUAAUGUGGUACCUGCAGUGAUAUUUGACAUUUUGGUGAGUUCUCAAGGGUGUGUUAUAUUUCUGUUUUUUGUGAUAUUGAACAAAAACAUUAAACAGGGUCUAAAGCGUAGAAACUAGAUGUAACUAGAUUUACACAAAGUCCUAUUUCUUAUAGAUGUAAAUAUAUAUAGUUUUAAAUUGUUUAGACAUCUCUGUAGCGUUAUUGAAUCUUCUUUGUGUCAUAUACGGCGUGAUUAGAAAUGACUGAGUCUGUUGGCAAUCCUGGAUUUUUGUCAGCUGUCAAGAUUGACAGAUUGUUGACAUUUUUAAUUUGCAACAUAUCUGUCACACAAUUACUUCCAGUAUGCCAACAUAACCACAAGAAAAGUUGACAACUUGGUUUAAAAAAUACUCAGUCAUUUCUGAUCACGCGGUACUUGUCAAUAAACACACCUUUGUUGAUAUAGUGUUAAUUAAACGUUGUCGACGUUAAAGUGACGUUUUUAGUGGGACAAGCAACCACUAAAAUUAAUUCGGUCACAUUUUAACGUCGAAACAACGUUACAUUUUUUUAACGGACCUGUGUAACUUUAACCAUUAAAUAAAGUCUCAUAUGCACCCUCUGAUCCAC